CACCCAUUUCAUGGUCUGUCUAUCCAUAUCCAUCAUCAUUUCCUAUGUUGACAUAUAAAUUGAACAACAAAGAACAUAGAAUUGACCUCACACCAGAUCCAGAACCCACACCCGCAAUCUAACUAUCAACAUCCUCACAAUGUCAGGGGUCCUGUGUCCACUCGUGUCCGUGGGACAUAAAGUCUUUCUUUGUUUAUGAAGCGUAAAAAGAACCAAAGUCGUUGAUACAAAAUAAUUUAUUCAGAUGUAAGUGACAUUCCUUUUAUAAUUAUCCUAUCCAUCCUCCUUGCUUUAAUAAAAACCUGAUCAAUAGUGGUUAUGAAUUAUGAUUUCUUUUGUAGAUGGAUGUUGAACAUGUUGAUAGCAAGAAAUUAAGGUGGACCUGCUAUAUUUGUCAUAAUCCUGCCCCAAAUCAUUCCUUGGAUUCACUGGAUGCCCAGGAAAAAGCGAAGAAAUCUUUAGUCUUUGUUGACGGAGAUUAUUGUGUCUAUCAGAGGUGUCACAGUUGCCAUUUAUGCUUUCAUGCCAGUUGUGAACAAGUUGAAAUAGAAUUCUCAAUAACACAGGAAUGGAAAGAAGUGCUAUGCACAGUGUGUGCGGAGAAAGUGUAGUCCAAAAAUCAGGACAGAGUGAUACUGAAUAUGUGGUUUAUGUAUUAGAAGAUAAUAAGUUGAAACGUGUGUCAAGUCUUGCAGAUGUUGCAGAUGUUGCUUCAACAUCUACUUCCACCUCUGUGACCUCUCUCUGUCAUACCACAUGGGAUGAUAAAAGUAUGAAACUGCUCUUAGAGCAUUACAGAGAGAUGGAAGAUUCUAAAAAGCCAGUGAAAAACAAGUGGCAACUUAUGAGUGACAAGAUGAAGAGGUUUAAUUAUGACUUUUCAUCAGAGCAGUGUAGACUCAAAAUCAAGUCAUUAAAAGAAAAACAGCUGAGAAACCAAAAACUCAGCGACAAAAGUGGUGAAGGCAAUCCUGAAGAAGACACCAUUGAUGAAAAGCUGGAUGAGGUAUUUUCAAACCAGCCUGAUGUAAAUCCUGUACAUGUUCUCCAAAGUAAAGAGAAACCUGGUGCUUCAGAAGAAAAAAGAAAAGACAAAGUUGAAGGAGAAAAAAGAAAAAAAACUGAAGAUAGUGGAGAUAGUGAAGAAGCUGGCUCAAAGGGAAAGAAAAAGAAAAGGAUGGAAAAAGGAGAAGUUGAUGAAAGAUUGGACAAUCUCCAAAAGACCACAGAAAGGCAUCACAAGGAAAAGAUGGAAGUGUUUAAAGAAUUCACAAGCAUUCUGCGAGAUCUUGUUCCAAAAAAAUGACAUGAUUUUUCUGUUAACUGUUUUUACAUUUAAUGCAUUUGAUUGUCAUUUUUAGCUUUUAGUUUUUUUUACAAUAUUAUGUUAAAAGUAUUGGCAAUGGUAUGCUCUAACAUGUUAAUAUUAUUUACUGCUAGCCCUAUGAGGAUCUGUACAAGUAUCAAAUCAUAAAUUUCAGGUAGGGGAAGAUUAACAAAAGUUUAAAAGCCAAUGAAUGUAUCAAAACCUCUUAGGGGUAGCAGAAACAGCCUGUUUUAAUUAUAUUUUAUAGUGUUGAAUAAGAGUAACUUGUGCAUAGGCAAUUGUAACUUUUGUUUUUAUUUUCAUUAUAUGUUUUUAUACAGUCUGUUUGGGUAGACAGAAAAGUGUGUGGCAGUGGUUGUGUUGAAAUUGAUUUGUCAUUUAAGUGUGCAUGUUUUCCCCAGGGUAGCUUCAGAACAUAAUCAGUUUUGCUGUUGUAGCUUGUCUUUGGUAAAAUUCUGAUGUACACUAGCCAUGAAAAUAUGUAUGUUGUUUAUUGAUCAAACAGAGAAAUCAGUUGUACUGGUUGAAUAAUUUACACGGAGUGAUAGAAAGUUUGUUUCCCCUUAUCCUACCAACCCUGAAAAAAGAUGCAUACCCCAAAAUAAAUUAUUGAGAAUUUUCUUUUAAAUUUUUUAAACAAAAAAAGAAAACAGUUUUAAAAAUGUGUGAAAGAAAACAGUUUUAAAAAUGUGUGGACUGUGCACAGUUUCUCUGAAAAAACAACAUUUAAAUGACUUUUGAAGCACAAAUGUUGCAACUUGUAUAUAAAAAUAUAUAGAGAAAUAAAUCACAUACCUAUCUACCCAAGACGAAUAAUGUGGACACAGGUUAGGGAUAAUAAGAUUUUUUUCCUAAUUGUAGCCUAAGCAAAGAGGAUAUUCAAAGGUAUUUAAAUGUAUUGUCUAUAUAAUUUACAAUGAUUUUUUAAUGUCAUAAACUGUAUAAAAUCUUUCUUUUUCCUUGACAGGGUUUAUUUGAUUUUUUUUAAAUAUUUAUUUCCAAGAGGAACUUGUUUACAUUUGUUACGAAUAAAAGUUAUUUGUUAAAUUA